ACACGCAAAUCUCGCCCACUUCCAGGUGGUUGCGCGAGUACCACACGCGCCUCCUCCCUUAAGUUCUAUGCCUUGUCUUUGUAAUAAAUCCUUCAAUACCUCUCCGCCGCUUCCCGCACACAUAUCCAUGGGACAGUCACCAUCUACCGCCGCCGCGCCAACGCCGGACCUCAACCGCCAACAAAUUUCUCAGUUACAUUCAAGCAGCGAUCCCGAUUUCGAUGCCGACCACACAAUCCGUCUUUCCGACGAUUGCUUGGCCGUGAUUUUCCAUUUCCUCAACAACACCGACCGGAAAGAGUGCUCUCAGGUCUGCCGCCGAUGGCGCCGCGUGGACGGCGAGAGACGGCACCGCCUCUCGCUUGUCGCUCGGCCUGAAUUGCAAGAGCUGAUUUCUCCCCUAUUUGACCGCUUCGAGUCGGUCACAAAACUCACUUUACGAAUCGACCGGAAGUACGCGAGCUUAAACGACGACACUUUGAUUAUGAUCUCGAUGCGGUGCAGGAACCUCACGCGUCUGAAGUUGCGCGGGUGCCGUGACGUAACGGAAAUUGGAAUGGCCGGCGUAGGCGAUAACUGCAAGGCCUUGAAGAAGCUAUCGUGCGCGUCGUGCAUGUUCGGCACGAAGGGAAUCGCGGCGCUGCUCGAUCGAUGCGUCACGUUAGAAGAUCUAACGCUGAAGCGGCUCCGCGGGGUCCACCAAAUCACCGAGGUGGAGGUUGGUGCCGCGGCUUCGUUGAAAUCUGUAUGCCUAAAGGAGCUGGUGAACGGUCAAAGCUUUGCGCCACUUUUGAUUGGUUCGAAGAAGCUUCGAACUUUGAAGGUGAUUGGGUGUACGGGGGAUUGGGAUGAUAGUCUGGUUAGGGUUGGGUGUUUAAACGGUGGUCUGAUUGAGAUUCACUUGGAGAAGGUUCAAGUUAGCGAUGUGGGACUUGUGGGGGUGGCGAGGUGUUUGAGGUUGGAGACUCUGCACGUUGUGAAAACCGCGGAGUGCUCCAAUGUAGGGCUUUCGAUGGUUGCUGAGAGGUGUAAGUUGUUGAGGAAGGUUCACAUAGAUGGAUGGAGAACUAAUAGGAUUGGUGAUGAUGGUUUGGCUGCGAUUGCCAAACACUGUCCUGAUUUGCAGGAGCUUGUGUUGAUUGGUGUUUACCCUACUUUUUCGAGCUUGGCGGCGAUUGCAAGCAAUUGCAGGAAUUUGGAGAGGUUGGCUCUUUGUGGGAUUGGAACCGUUGGUGAUGCGGAGAUUGAGUGUAUUGCUAGUAAGUGUGUUGCACUCAAGAAGCUAUGCAUUAAAGGGUGUCCUGUAUCCAAUGCUGGGAUCGGAGCUCUAGCUUCGGGGUGUCCCAAUUUGGUUAAGGUUAAGGUGAAGAAGUGCAGAAAGAUUACUGGUAGAGGGGUAGAGUGGGUGCGAGAACAGAGGGUUUCUUUGGCGUUUAAUUAUGAUGAUAGUGAAGUUGAAGCUUUGGAUGGGAGUGGAAGUGAUGGUGUUGGAGCAACUCAGGAUGGUGUGGCAGAGGCUGAGGCGGAGGUUGAGGCUGAGGCUCCUUCAAGUAAUAACAACACCCGAUUGACAAUGUUGCGAACAAGGUUGAGCCUUUUGGCUGGUAGAAAUUUAUUAUCAUGUGCCUUCAGAAGGCUGUCUAACAUUGAUAAUGUCCCCAGUAGCAACUUUUUAUGAUAUGUUAGUAAGAAAGUAGCGAACAUGUUCUUUCCAUGUUGGCAUUCCCCAAUAUGUGAGAUGAGUGUUCAUGUUGAUUGCCUGUCUUUGCGGUGUUGGUUAUGUGAUUUUUUGUUUUCUUAUGAACAGCUGGUAGCAGCAUCUCUAUUGUUAACUAGAUAUGUCAAUUACCCUCGUUGAUUGUCUCUUUUCUAUCUAUUGUAGGUUAUUUCC